AUGCCUUGCUACACCAGCACUAAAGUGCGCUUUGAUAACCCGCGUAGCGAUACCGAUAUUGGUAAGAAUCGCCUUAGUACAGCAGGAAAAACCGAGACAACACCAUGUAUCAAUGUACGCCUAACGCCAAGUCAGGAGGCACUACCAAGACAAAGCGAAAAAAUAACGCGGGCAAGGACUUGUUAUCUGUACAAUCAAAGAGGAAAGAAGUUGAAAUAUCCCAUUGAUCCGACCAAAGAAGCUACAUUACGCAAAGAAGACAUUGAACGUAUCAAAGCCAAUGCAAAGAUAAUAACUAUGGAAGAAAGAGCUGCUAUUGUAGAGCUGCAAGAAAAAGAAGCACAACGUCUGAAUGAUAUGGCAGAUGAGUUAAGGCUUCGCUACAAAAGAAUUGAUGAUGAGCGUAGAAAUAUGAGAGAUGCUCUCGACGGUCGAGAUAAAUUCAGUGAUACUGCACAAAAGCUUAAUGUAUUGGAGCGCAGCUUUGUAGAAAAACAUGAACAGGAAGAAGAGGUUCAACUUGCAAAUCGUGUCAUCAUAAACUUAAAGUGUCAGGCGGUACGUGAUGAACAGAUUUUGGAAAAAAAAGAAAUUGAACGUCUUGCAAAGCAAGCAGACGCACAUAUGGUUCAAAUUCAAAUGAAUAUUGCAGCGAAAUCGCUAGCUGAAGAGGACAAAAAAGAGGAAGAGAAACGGCUUAAUAGAAUUUUGUAUGCCGCAGACAUACGACAGCAAUUAAAUGAGCGUGAACGUAUACGUUUACUUGAAGGACAACGUAUAGAGAAAGAAGCACUCAAAAUGCGUGAAGCUAUGGAAGAACUAAAAAGGGACGAGGAGCUUCAAGCAAAAUUAAUAUUAGAACGUAAACUUCAAUUUCGUCGUGAACUAGAUAAAGUAGCUGAAAUGUCUAUGGUUUUUAAAAAGAUGUUGUGUGAACAAGACCUUGAUGCUGAUAUGCGAGUGUUGGCUUUUAAACGUGAGCAGGAAAUUCGACAACGUAAAUUUGACGAAGAGAAGAGAAUUGCUAAAAAAGAAUUCGAUCGUAAGCAAGAUAAAUUAUUUGUGUUGGGUCAGAAGGCUUUGGAGUCCAGAUCUCGUCGUGAUGAAAUGAGUUACAUGCGAGAACAAGAAAGACUUGAAAGUGAAUAUAGGCGCAAGGAAAUGGAGGCGGCAUUGCGCAAGAAGAGGGUCGAAAAAGAAUUAUGUGAUGCACGCAAACAACAAUUAUUGGAUUCCAAGAAUCGUCAUGCUUUGUAUAUCGCACAUGCUGAACAAGAAUUUAAUGAUCUUAUUGUAAGCAUAAAAUCUGAAGAGGAGGAACAGAAGAAAAUGGAUGCACUGCACAAGAAACUGCGCGAGAACUAUCGCAACGAUAUAAUACGCCAAAUCAAUGACAAAGAAGCGGAACGUCGUCGCUUAUUAGAUCUCGAGAAGAAUCAAGUCUCUACUUGGCGUAAGGAUGAACGCAAACGUGAACAAAAUAUACGCACUAUUAUUAAUGCUAAGUUAGCUGCUAUGAAAGAUGCCAAAUUACCGGAGAAAUAUAUUACCGAAGUUCAACAGCGUAUUACGAAAAUUUUUUUACUUAUACUUUUACUAAAUAUCGACUGCAUAAAAUCGCGUGCUCUUGAUAAUACGCCAUAUUUAACGGCUAGAAUAGCAACCGAUGGAUAUGAAAUUGAAACAAAUGAAGUUAAAGAGGACUCAGCAUUUGCACAACAAUUCGAGAAUAUUAAUGCAAAUCAAAAAAUUUUUAAUAUGACAGAAUGGAUUUGGUUGCCUGAUAUUUCAUGGCCACAAAAUCUUUGGAGAAAUGUGAGCUUACCAAGCUGGCCGAAUGUCUCUAUGCCGCAUAUAAUAACGCCUAGCUUCAAUGGGUUUUAUACAUCAAUGCAUAAUAUAGUUACUGGAUUGCAGGACUCUGCUAGUACGUUAUAUACGACUGUCGCUCAGACAAUAUCGAAUCGUAAGAAGCCACAAGCUCAAAGUGGUUACUUUUUUCGACCUUUAGCAAAUUUAACUUUUGGUUUAGGUUUCACUGUAAAUUUCCAAACGAAUGGCAAUUUUGGUUUCACUAGAAUAUAUACACAAAUUUAUGGAAGAUAG